AUGUUUCUGAUAGAUCUCUAUGUUUUUGUAGAUAGGGAAGGGAAUAAACAAAAUUUAAUGGAAAUUGAAUUUACGCUCAAAGUUGUGGGUCUAAUAAUUGAUAUAAUAUUUUCUGACAUUCAAUACCUUGUUCAGCUUAAAUGGGGAGAACCCAUUUCAAAGGCAAUGGCAGUUGGAAGAAAAAUUGAUUUACAAAUUAUAUGUCAAGGAAAAAAUCAAGGAAGUUCAAUUAUUCUGACUUUACAUGGUCAAAUAAUUGGUGUCGACUUAUUAGAUGAAGGAUUGUAUUUUGGGUUUGAAGGACCAAUAUUAAGAUUUUCUACUCAAAUUAAUGAUAUUACUGAAAAUAUUGUUUGCAAGGCUGAAGCACUAUCAUGUCUUAAUAAGGAUUCAGAUCCAUUCAGCAAUACUUUUCACACUAAGAGAAUUUCGAAGCCUAACCAUCAUAAAGCGGAUUUAAUUAGAUCAACUUAUUUCACUCCAACAAAACAACAAAAGAAAUGA